AGUACAUGUAUUAUUAAAGCUAUAUACUCGAUUGCAACACCACUCAAACAAACGAGUUAAACCAUCUUUCUUUGCUUCACCUCACCUCACCUCACCGGCGAUUACAUUAAGGUUCAAAGAUUCAAUCUUGAGUUGUUGUGAUGGAUCUAUCAAAACUCAGUCCUGCACAGAUUACUGUGUAUGGAUCUGCAUUUUGUGUAAUGCUUUCUAUGCAUUUCACUUUGCAAUUACUUUCUCAGCAUCUUUUCUAUUGGAAGAAUCCAAAAGAACAAAGAGCUAUUAUCAUUAUAAUUCUCAUGGCUCCUAUUUAUGCUAUUGUUUCAUUUGUUGGUCUUUUGGAUAUUAGAGGAAGUAAAGAGUUUUUCACUCUUUUGGAAUCUGUUAAAGAAUGUUAUGAAGCUGUUGUUAUUGCUAAGUUUUUGGCUUUGAUGUAUAGUUAUUUGAAUAUAUCUAUUAGUAAAAAUAUUGUCCCUGAUGAAAUUAAAGGAAGGGAAAUUCAUCACUCUUUUCCAAUGACACUUUUUCAGCCUCAUUCUGUUCGGCUGAACCACCAUACUUUGAAGCUUUUAAAAUAUUGGACAUGGCAGUUUGUUUUCACCCGCCCAGUGUGUUCAUUUUUGAUUAUUACAUUACAGCUACUUGGAAUCUUUCCAAAUUGGUUGAGCUGGAUUUUCACCAUCAUUCUCAAUAUUUCCGUGUCAUUGGCCUUGUAUUCUCUGGUGAUCUUUUACCAUGUGUUUGCUAAAGAACUGGCGCCACACAAACCUCUAGCGAAAUUUCUGUGCAUCAAAGGAAUUGUUUUCUUCUGCUUUUGGCAGGGAUUGGUGCUAGACGGUUUAGUAGCAGUUGGCGUGAUUCAAUCGCGUCAUUUGAAGUUAGAUGUGGAGCACAUUGAGGAAGCAAUGCAGAACAUUUUGGUUUGUAUAGAGAUGGUGGUAUUUUCUGUUCUUCAACAGUAUGCUUAUCAUGCUUCACCAUAUAGUGGAGAAGUUGAAAAAAUGCUUAAACAAAAUAAGAAAACUGAAUGAUAUGGUCAAAGAUAAAUACUCUAGCUAUAGAGAUGUAUUUAAGAGUUAUUUACAUUGGCAUUAGAAACUUGAAAACAUUUGAUGCUAUGUGGAUUGUUCUUUUUGUGAUAAAGAAUAUUAUUUGUAUAAUUGUAUUGUAGUAUGCUGUCAUAAUAAACUCAUCUUCUUCUUGGUGA